UGCAGCAAAAACAAAUUACCGUCAUGCCCAACACUUCUCGAUAAAAUGUUGCUGUCUUGGUUCGGUCUCCAACUUUAAAAACAAAAUGUAAAGCUCGCCUUAAAGCCAUGUUUACUGACAGAUGUACGGCUGUCUCUUUGUGCGAUGAAGUAUCCUGAAUGAUCGAUGCUUUCUGAUUUUGAUUGGUAAGUAGAUACCAACUCAAAAUGUGUUGGGUAGUAGGAUUCAUUUUUAUUUGUGUUUAUUAACAUUAUAUAUUGAUAUUAAAGUCUAGGAAAAUACAAAUUCAGGUCGGUGAAAGCACUAAAUUUAAAAUAGGUGUGAAAAAACAUGUUCAUAAUUGCUUGUAAACACCCCUGUUCUCUCCGAUAAAUGGUAUCGCCUAACAUCAGCAGCGCAUUUUCUCGCGAGACUAUUCACAAAAAUAGUUUAAACAAAUCCAAAUAACUGUAAACCACAAAAAACCUCCAGUAGCGCACAACAUAUAUUAUCUAACUCUAAAUUUGUGAAUUUUGCUCUUGACAUUUCCGAUUAGAAAUGUAAAAUGUUGUGUUUAAGUAGUACCGGUCAUCUUGCACUAGGUGGGUGUAACGAGCCAAACACAUUAAAAAAAAAUAACAGAAGAAGAAACGGGAGCAAGAAAGAUGGCGGCGGUCAUGAGAAGCAUGAUUUACCUUUUCCCCAAACAUCUUCUUUCAAAAAGCAGUCGCUUUAUGGUGGAACCAAAGCGGUAUGUCCGCGGACUGAGGAGGAAACCGGUCAAUGUUUUAUUUCCAGAACAACAGACGGGUAAAGUUGUGAAGUCGCCCUCAGAGGGCGAUCAGACUGCAGUAAAGCCGCAGAGGAAGACAAAUGUCACCUCUGCAGUGGAGCAAACUGAGACAAGGAAUCAUGUCAGAAAAAAAGAUGAUGCAUAUUCGACCGUGCAGCAUCCCCGGGCUGCUGACACGAAAGAUCAAGUCGAUGGGCUGCGCUUUGAAAGGGCUUUUCAAGGAGACAAAAGGCUGGCGAGGCUGGUGACCGUUGCUCGGUCCAGGACAUUUCGGGAGCACCAGGGUAAAAUCCUCCUGGAGGGCAGGCGUUUAAUCUGCGAUGCUCUGCUCGCCGGAGCAUUGCCGCAGACGGUGUUCUUCAGCACGGUGGAUCGGCUCCGAGAGCUGCCUUUGGACAAGCUGAAAAGAGCCGCGUUGGUGAAAGUCAAAUUUGAGGACAUUAAACUCUGGUCGGACGUCGUGGCACCACAAGGAGUGAUAGCGAUAUUUUCCCGAUCCGACCCGUCACGGCUGAAUUAUGCAAACAAAGGUGAGUCGGUGGGACUUUCUCUCAUCUGUGACAACAUUCGGGAUCCUGGUAAUCUUGGGACAAUGCUGAGGUGUGCUGCAGCUGCUGGUUGUAGCAGCAUCCUUCUUACUAAAGGCUGUGUGGAUGCUUGGGAGCCAAAAGUCCUGCGUGCAGCAAUGGGUGCACACUUCAAGCUUCCCAUCUAUCCUAACCUGGAGUGGGACGACAUCGAAAACCAUCUUCCGGCAUCGGUGACCGUCCAUGUAGCUGACAACAACUGCUCUGAGAAGGAACAACAACAGCCUUCCAAAGCAGGAGACUUUGGUUGGGUCAGCACAAAGCCUAAUCCUAAAAACAUACACUAUGAAGAAUACGACUCAGACGAUGAAGGACUGUCACUGCCCAGAGUGGACGCCAAAGUGUACCACGAGAACUGGGCCCAGACGCCCACCGCUCUCGUUAUAGGCGGUGAGACACACGGGCUCAGUCUGGAAGCAGUCCGGUUAGCGGAGAAAACCGAUGGGCUCAGGCUCUUCAUUCCUGUCGUUCCUGGAGUUGACAGUUUGAAUUCCGCCAUGGCGGCGAGCAUCCUUUUGUUUGAAGGAAGAAGACAGCUGUUAAAACUGCAGCAGGCGUCCGGAGAGAAAAGAAAAACCAAAGCUCAGCGGUAGUUAUUGGGAUAUUUGCUUUAAAUGUCAUAAAACCUGUUUGUAACAAAAAUGAAAAUUUUUACUUAGCUAAAGUAUUUUGUCUUAUUUAUUAUGGUUUUUGCCAUAGAAUUUAACAACAUUUUUGGUAUUUUUUUACAUAGUUUUAUUAUAAAAACAGAAAUAGUCUAAAAACUAAAAAUUAAAAAAUUAAACAUAAAACAAACAAAAACCAUAUUUGCAUUUUGAUUAAGAAAAAUAACAGCAGCUCAUCAUCUGAGCUCUUGCAAUACAUCAUUUUUAAGCAUUACCUUAGAAAUCAAAUAAUUUCUUCUGUGGAUUGGGAUUAAAAAAACACCCUGGGCAACAUGAACGUUAAUUUAAGCUAAUUAUGAGAAAUCCAUCAGAAUCGACUGCAGACUCAAAAUCUUAAAUACAUUUUUUUUAUUAGGGUUUUGUUUCUAAAAACAUUUACUUACUUUCCACUUAAAAAUAAGCAAUGAUAAAGUAACCAUAUAGCCAUUCAGUUAACCGAUACCUUUUCACUGCUGAUUUUUCUCAAAUUAGGACUGUUUAGUCAAAUUUUAGAUUUUUUUUUUUUUGGUAUAAAACAGCUAAUAAGGGAAAAAUCUAAAAUUCUCCUCACCAAAUCUUAGAAUACAGUUUUGUAAAUUUACAUUUUGAAAGCAUGAAGAUGUUGGAACCUCAAGCUGUUUACACUAUUUGGAGAGUUUGGCAAAAUGCAUAAACAGUACUGUCAUUUUUUUGAAGUUCCUGGUGAAUUGUGUGGAAUAAACUGUUUGUUUUUUUUUAAUAAAUCACGUCCUUGAAAACA